AUGUCAUCAUUAUCAACAGCACAAUUAAUUCUUAAUGCUUCUCAACAAUAUACACUCUAUGUUAGUUUUAUUAUUUUAUUUUCUGGUGUUUUUGGACA